AUGCGAUAUAUUUCUGAGGACAUAUUUCUGCAAGGAGGACACCGCUUCCAAAAGGAUCCGUGCGAGCUGUCGCUGAAGGAGCGCAUUAAACUUUUCGAGACCGGCAACAACAAGGCCAUAAUACCGAAGGCUCCAAUAGCAUCUGCAGCUAGCGUUAGUCAGAUCAGACCCGAGGAGUCGAAAGCCCAUGUUUCUGCUGUGCAUCCUGUCACAGCGGCUGCUGUCUCCUCUAGAGAGGCUGCUGAGAGCGCUGUGGAGGCUCAAAAUCCGAAGCCAGAGAAUAAGUUGUGCGCCAAGGUGGCUGCCCUUGUGUCCAAUGCGGAGAGCAUCAAGCAUAUUGAUCGGCAGCGUCAGGAAGACAUGAAAAUUAACCCAAAUCGCUUCAAAAUGUUCAAGGAAAUCUUUGUUCCGCAGGCAGUGGCACGGGCAACACCACCGCCAGCAUCAGUACCGGCGACAGUAUCCAAGGUGGUACGGCCCAUGCCGCCGCCUAUGUCUGGGCUCCCUCCGGCCCUUGCCCGCAGAAAGAGGCGCUCAGGCGAAACGAAUUCAGAGCGCAAUUCCGCCCUCUCUGACCACGACUCUAGUGGCGACAACUUCUGUGCUACGGUAACAGCCACAGUUACAGCCACCGGCAUGUGCAAUGGCAGCCUUGGUCGCGCAGUGCAGCGCAAUGAGGCGAAGUUGGAGGAGCAGCAGCAAGGCCAGAAGACUGUGCGCUAUGCCGAUCAGGAUUUCUACUACAAUCAGGACAGUUCGCUUAACUCGUCGCAGGCCUCGGUCGGCAUUGAUGACUAUUUAGAUGAGGCUCUGGUCGACGACUAUGGAAUCACUCAGAACGAUGAUAGCCAUGAUGACUUCUCUGUUUCCUCUUUUGUUCCACCUACUUAUAAUCCAGGACCUAUGAAGUACCAGCCGACAGCAGCAGCUCUAUUACAAGUAACCGGCCUAACCGGUCCCCAUGCCUAA